AUGUUUCGUGUCACCGCGGUCAAAGCGACCAACAGCGGGAUGAUGCGUCCGGCCACCUGCGGCCGGCGAUCCCUCGCUUCGAUCGCUCGUCCGGCGGCUUCGUCCCGGUUCGCCCUGGCGGGCCGACGUCCGCUGGCCCUCGCCGAUCGUCUGUCCCACGGGAGACGCUUCUAUGCGGCUUCUGCGGAGGGUGUUGAUGCCAAUGACUCCUUCCUCUCCGGCAACACUGCCAACUACGUCGAUGAGAUGUAUCUGGCCUGGCGCAAGGACCCCUCCUCCGUCCACAUUUCGUGGCAGACCUACUUCAAGAACAUGGAGGAUGGCAACAUGCCCGUCUCCCAGGCCUUCCAGCCGCCCCCCACCCUGGUCCCCACCCCCACCGGCGGUGUCCCCCAGAACAUGCCCGGUGAAGGCCUCGCCGGCGUCGCCGAGGGCUCCGACGUCACCAACCACUUGAAGGUCCAGCUGCUGGUGCGUGCCUACCAGGCCCGCGGCCACCACAAGGCCAAGAUCGACCCCCUGGGCAUCCGCAUCGAGGCCGAGGCCUUCGGCUACAGCCGCCCCAAGGAGCUCGAGCUCGACCACUACGGCUUCACUGAGCGCGACCUCGAUGAGGAGUUCUCCCUGGGCCCCGGUAUCCUGCCCCGCUUCGCCACCGACGGCCGCAAGAAGAUGACCCUGCGCGAGAUCAUCGGCGCCUGCGAGAAGAUCUACUGCGGCUCCUACGGUGUCGAGUAUAUCCAUAUCCCCGACCGCCGCCCCUGCGACUGGAUCCGUGAUCGCUUCGAGGUCCCCGAGCCCUACCACUAUUCGGUCGACGAGAAGCGUCGCAUCCUCGACCGUCUGAUCUGGAGUCACAGCUUCGAGUCCUUCCUGGCCACCAAGUUCCCCAACGACAAGCGUUUCGGCCUGGAGGGCUGCGAGUCCCUCGUGCCCGGUAUGAAGGCCCUCAUCGACCGUAGCGUCGACUACGGCAUCAAGGACAUCGUCAUCGGCAUGCCCCACCGUGGUCGUCUCAACGUCCUCUCCAACGUCGUCCGCAAGCCCAAUGAGUCCAUCUUCAGCGAGUUCGCCGGCUCGACCGAGCCCUCCGACGAGGGCUCCGGUGACGUCAAGUACCAUCUGGGCAUGAACUUCGAGCGCCCCACCCCCUCGGGCAAGCGCGUCCAGCUCUCCCUCGUCGCCAACCCCUCCCAUCUCGAGGCCGAGGACCCCGUCGUCCUGGGUAAGGCUCGCUCCAUCCAGCACUACAACAACGACGAGAAGGACUUCAACACCGCCAUGGGCGUCCUGCUCCACGGUGAUGCCGCCUUCGCCGCCCAGGGUGUCGUCUACGAGACCAUGGGCUUCCACUCCCUGCCCGCCUACUCCACCGGCGGCACCAUCCACAUCGUCGUCAACAACCAGAUCGGUUUCACCACCGACCCGCGCUUCGCUCGCUCGACCCCCUACUGCUCCGACAUCGCCAAGUCCAUCGACGCCCCCGUCUUCCACGUCAACGGUGACGACGUCGAGGCCGUCAACUACGUCUGCCAGGUCGCCGCCGACUGGCGCGCCGAGUUCAAGCGCGACGUCGUCGUCGACAUCGUCUGCUACCGGAAGCAGGGCCACAACGAGACUGACCAGCCCUCGUUCACCCAGCCGCUCAUGUACAAGCGCAUCGCCGAGCAGAAGGCGCAGCUCGACAAGUACGUCGAGAAGCUCAUCACCGAGGGCACCUUCACCCAGGAGGACAUCGACGAGCACAAGAAGUGGGUCUGGGGCAUGCUGGGCGACAGCUUCGACCGCAGCAAGGACUACACCCCGACCAGCAAGGAGUGGCUGACCUCCGCCUGGAACGGUUUCUCGACCCCCAAGGAGCUGGCCACCGAGGUCCUGCCCCACCUGCCCACCUCCGUCGACCAGCCCUUGCUCCAGCACGUUGCCGGCGUCAUCAGCGACGCUCCUGAGGGCUUCACCCUGCACCGCAACCUUAAGCGUAUCCUGACCAACCGCCGCAAGGUCGUCGACACCGGCUCGGGCAUCGACUGGUCCACCGCCGAGGCCCUGGCCUUUGGAUCGCUGGUCGCCGAGGGCUACCACGUUCGUGUGUCCGGUCAGGACGUCGAGCGCGGUACCUUCUCCCAGCGUCACGCUGUCCUGCACGACCAGGAGACCGAGAACACCUACACCCCUCUGCAGCAUGUCAAGGACGGUCAGGGCAGCUUCGUCAUCUCGAACUCGUCCCUGAGUGAAUUCGGAACUCUCGGCUUCGAAUACGGUUAUUCCCUGACCUCGCCCAACGCGCUGGUCAUGUGGGAGGCCCAGUUCGGUGACUUUGCCAACAACGCGCAGUGUAUCAUCGAUCAGUUCAUCGCCUCCGGCGAGUCCAAGUGGUUCCAGCGCUCCGGUUUGGUGGUGUCGCUGCCGCACGGGUACGAUGGGCAGGGCCCCGAGCACUCGUCCGGUCGUAUGGAGCGGUGGUUGCAGCUCUGCAACGAGGAGCCCCGCAUUUUCCCGCAGGGUGAUAAGCUGGAGCGUCAGCACCAGGACUGCAACAUGCAGAUCGCCGUCAUGACGACCCCGGCUAACCUGUUCCACAUCCUGCGUCGCCAGAUCCACCGCCAGUUCCGCAAGCCCCUGGUGAUCUUCUUCUCCAAGGCGCUCCUGCGUCACCCCCUGGCGCGCUCGGAUAUUGAGGCGUUCAGCGGAGAGUCCCACUUCCAGUGGAUCAUCCCCGAACACGCCCACGGCACCGCCAUCGACGAGCCUGAGAAGAUCGAGCGUGUGAUCAUGUGCUCGGGCCAGGUGUACGCGGCGCUGACCAAGCACCGUGAGGCCAACGGCAUCCGCAACACGGCCAUCACUCGCGUCGAGCAGCUGCACCCCUUCCCGUGGUCGCAGCUGAAGGAGAACCUCGACAGCUACCCCAACGCCAAGGAUAUCGUCUGGGCCCAGGAGGAGCCGCUCAACGCGGGUGCCUGGAGCUACGCCCAGCCGCGCAUCGAGACCCUGCUGAACCAGACCGAGCACCACAACCGCCGCCACGUCCUGUACGCCGGCCGUGCGCCCAGCCCGUCGGUGGCCACCGGUCUGAAGUCGGUGCACUUGAAGGAGGAGCAGGAGCUGCUGGAGGCCGCGUUCAGCGUGCACCAGGACCGCCUGAAGGGCGAAUAA